AUGGGCUGUGCCGCGUGCGCCCCGGCCAGGCGGAGGGACAGUCAGGCCUUCCCGCCCUGGACCGGUGAUUGAUCAGCAACGGUCACUGAGCCUCUUAAUGGUUCGCUUGGGUGGGAAUUAAUUCUGAGGUGGAUAAAUAAUGCAUUGAGGUUUACAUAGUCCAAGGCAAGCCGUCGGUCCGGAGCCAGGAAAGGCAGCCGAGGGAGCCUCGCUGGUGACGCCAGCAGCCAUGGGGGCCCGAGCGGGGCAUGAGGGGCAACUGGGCCAGAGGAAGAGAAAAGGGAAGUGGAUGACAGCAUGAUCGGCCCAGCGAUUCCGUCCAGGAGGCGGCAGGAACAUGCUGAGCCCAAAGAUCAGGCAAGCCAGGAGGGCCCGCUCCAAAAGCCUGGUGAUGGGGGAGCAGAGCCGGAGCCCUGGGCAGCCACCCUGCCCCCGCAGGCUGGGCCCCGUCCUGAAGGCGGGCUGGCUGAAGAAGCAGAGGAGCAUAAUGAAGAACUGGCAGCAACGCUGGUUCGUGCUGCGUGGGGAUCAGCUCUUCUACUACAAGGACAAAGAUGAGAGCAAGCCCCAGGGCUUUAUUUCUCUACAAGGGACCCAGGUGACUGAACUUCUUCCUGGCCCUGAGGACCCGGGAAAGCACCUCUUUGAGAUCAGCCCAGGUGGUGCUGGGGAGCGGGAGAAGGUGCCGGCCAACCCCGAGGCGCUCCUGCUCAUGGCCAGCUCCCAGCGGGACAUGGAGGACUGGGUGCAGGCCAUCCGCCGGGUCAUCUGGGCCCCAUUCGGCGGAGGUACGGCCCGUAGCGCGCAUGCUCACCCUCUAGAACCCUUGCCUCCAGGGGUCUUUGGGCAGCGCCUGGAGGACACAGUCCACCACGAGCGGAAGUAUGGCCCGCGCCUGGCACCCCUGCUGGUGGAGCAGUGUGUGGACUUCAUCCGGGAGCGCGGGCUCACCGAGGAGGGCCUCUUCCGCAUGCCUGGCCAGGCCAACCUGGUGAGGGACCUGCAGGAUUCCUUCGACUGUGGGGAGAAGCCACUGUUUGACAGCACAACAGACGUGCACACGGUGGCCUCCCUGCUGAAGCUCUACCUGCGGGAGCUCCCCGAGCCUGUGGUCCCCUUCGCCAGGUAUGAGGACUUCCUUAGCUGCGCCCAGCUGCUCACCAAGGACGAGGGGGAGGGAACUCUGGAGUUGGCUAAACAAGUGAGCAGCCUUCCCCUGGUCAAUUACAACCUGCUCAGAUAUAUCUGCAAGUUUCUGGAUGAAGUUCAGUCCCACUCAGAUGUCAACAAGAUGAGCGUCCAGAACCUGGCAACCGUUUUUGGACCUAAUAUACUUCGGCCGCAGAUAGAAGACCCAGUGACCAUCAUGGAAGGCACUUCUCUGGUCCAGCACCUGAUGACCGUCCUGAUCCGCAAACACAGCCAGCUCUUCACUUCGAGGACCACGGAAGCGCCAGCCUCCCCACGUGGGAGCCCACCAUGCACCGUGGGAUGGGGCUCCGAGGAGGUCACCAGGGACAGCCAGGCAGAGCCCGGCAGCCCCAGUGCCCCUGGCCUGCCCUCGCACAGGACCUCUUCUCUGGAUGGGGCUGCCGUGGCGGCAUUCUCUAGAACCUCUCCCACAGGCCUGGGUAGCCGAAGCAGCCCUGCUGCCACCCCUGGGAAGAAGGUGCAGACUCUGCCCAACUGGAGGUCUUCCUUCCGGCAGUCAGGGUCCCGGUCGGGGAGCCCGAAGGUGGGCACCUCAUCCCUGGAGGUGCCCAUCAUCUCCUCCGGAGGGAACUGGCUCAUGAAUGGGCUGUCCUCCCUGCGAGGCCACCGCCGGGCCUCAUCGGGAGACCGGUUCAAGGACUCAGGCUCCGAGCAGAGACUCUCCACCUAUGACAACGUGCCCCUGCCCAGCCCCUUUCCCAGCACGCCCAGCGUGGCCAGCAUGCCAUGGUCUGGGGCCUCCUCCUGCGAGGCCUCAGCCAGGGGCUCGGUCAGCAGCUGCGCAGCGUGCAGGGCCAGUGGCUCUUCCACCUGCAGCUCCCUCCACACUGAGGGGGCCCUCGAGCCCUCCCCUGUCCCCAGCAGCAGUGAGGAGUGCAGAUCCCCAGACCUGGACCACGGCCUGGACAGGGUGGGCGCCUGCAUCAGCAGCAGCGAGCCCAGUGACCCAGGCAGCCCCACCCAGGACCUCACCCACCGUGCUGAGGCUCUGCAGGGCCUGGUCACGGAGCUCCGGGCAGAGCUGUGCCGGCAGAGGACUGAGUACGAGACGAGUGUGCAAAGACUCGAAGAAGGUAGUGCCGACCUGAGGAAACGAAUGUUACAGCUAGAAGAAGAACUAGACCAGGAAAAGAAAAAGUACACAAUGCUGGAAAUAAAGCUGAGGAACUCGGAGCGGGCACGGGAGGACGCAGAGAAGAGGAACCAGCUGCUGCAGAAGGAAAUGGAGGAGUUUUUUUCAACCCUGGGAAGCCUGACUGCUGGGGCAAAAGGUGCCAGAGCACCAAAGUAAAGGAGUGGGGAGAGUUCUCUGCUGCUGCUCAGCUUGCCCUCCCUAACCUCCCGUGGCCUCGGGAGGAACCAGAGCCUCUGCAGCUUGGCCCUGGGCCUCAGUGGUGCCAGGAGGUCUGGUGCCAGCUGGAGAGAGCAGUCCUGACACCCCCUGUCGGGAGCCCGAGCCCUGCUCUGGAGCUGGGUGCUGCUCUGACUGAGUAGGGUAUGGCAGGCGUCAGGGGGGACAGUCCCGUGGCUGCCAAAACAGGUGGCACCUGGGAUCUGAGUAGCUCACCAGGACCUUUUUGCAUUCUUUAUUAAAUCUGCCCUGAAAGCA